UGAUGUGUCAAAUACAAAAUAUUUACGUGAACUCAUUUCUUGAUAUUGGAAGUAGAAGUGGUGUCUGUAGUGAAAAUUUAAGAAAACAUCGAUUUUCUCGAUGUUGGUCAGUUCGUUCAAAUGCCGUGCGAAUUUGUGACUCAUUAGUGAAUGUUUUUAAUUCCUGCCAGCGAUGUUUACGGGUUUGUGAAAUUCCUGUGGUCCAACUCCUGGCUAGUGAUUCAUUGUGAAAGCAAACAUUAACUACGUACAUAUCCGAACAAGGAAGAAACGACUAGACGACACUUCCUGGAUUUCCGACUAACUGGUUUAGAUCGAAAGCGGACAGAGCAGCAGUUUAAGGAUAAUCUUAUCGAGCAAUGACAAUGGGAGAUGAUACUCCAGUGGUUACUUCAUUGGUGCUACCAAUUUUAAUACGUCCAAUUUUGUCGCAGUUGGAACGUCGAGAUGUGGUUGCUUCGCAAACCCUAAGAGCUGCGCUCACAAAAGCCGAACAAACACAUCCCGGGAUGACAUUCGAUUUAGUCAUGGGCAUCAUCAAGAAGGGUGAUAUUAAUGUCAAUAUGAACGAAAGUAUUCUCAGACUGCAGGGGGCGGCAACUGAUAGCGAUCUUAUCGAAUACCGUCUGAACCGCACCGAAGAUGCAUUUCAGGAACUAAACAAAAAGUCCUCCUCACUGAAGCGUAUUCUGAGCCGAAUUCCAGACGAAAUAACUGAUCGAAAAACGUUCCUAGAGACAAUCAAAGAAAUCGCCAGUGCCAUCAAGAAGCUGUUGGACGCUGUGAACGAGGUGGUCGGCUUCAUACCAGGUUCUUCUGGAAAACAAGCGGUUGAACAGCGCAAGAAAGAGUUUGUCAAGUUUUCGAAAAAGUUCAGUACCACGCUUAAGGAAUACUUCAAGGAGGGAGAAGCCAAUGCUGUUUUCGUCAGUGCUUUGUACCUGAUACAUCAAACCAAUCAAAUUAUGAUCACAGUGAAGAACAAGUGCGAAUGAAAUUCCAUCGAAUGCGGCGCGAUAGAAUGAUUCUGAAAAAAAAGUUCUAUAUAAUUGUUUUAAUCGACAUUUAAUAAGGAUUGCUUGUUCAUCUGGUACUUAGCAAACAGAUGAAUUAAUCGUCAAAGAUACCUAGAGAUGUUCCAUUCUUAAAGAAAAGCGAAAGACAUUAGCAAAAAAAUGAAAAUGAUGUAAUUGAUGUCGUAUUAUAUUAUAAAAUUUCAUUACUUUAUUAUUAUAAUAAUUAUUAUUACUAUUACACGAGAUAGAAUGAAUAAAAAUU